AUGAUGAGUAAAAUAGGUAUUGCUCCGUUUUUAUGUGUUACAUUUCUGUGCUGUGUUAAUGGGGCGAGUUUAAAUGACACGAAGACUUUGUUACGGGACUUGAUUAGCAAUUACAACAAAAACGUGCGACCUGUACACAAUAAGAGUGAAAUUGUCAACGUCACUGUUCAGCUAUCGACGAAAGAAGUAGAAGUUGACACUACGUUUUCAGAGAACCCUAUGUGGGAGCUAUUCGACACCAAAGCAAAGUCAGAACCGCUUGGGCAUUAUUCGCAAGUGAGUUUUAGUUUCAAACUCAGGAGAAGACCGGCAUAUGUUUUUGUGAAUGUGGUAUUACCUAUUAUGUUCCUGAGCGUCCUGAAUCUGUUGGUUUUCCUUUUGGUACCGGAGUCUGGAGAGCGGGUUGCAUACUGUAUUACCGUUCUUCUUUCUAUCGCGGUCAUCAUGACCAUAGUGAGCGCUAUGUUACCCAGGACAUCGAAACCCGUUCCGAUAGUUUCAUACAAACUUAUCGUAGAUAUGGUUAUUAGUGCGGCGAUUACUGUUGUGGUCAUUUUUAACCUUCGUACCUACAGCAGGGAUCCGGAAAUUCCCGUUCCGAAAUGGCUUAUUGUUGACUUUGCAAUAAAUGAAUGGAUUGAUGAGUAUGCAAGUAAUGACUUCAGAAGCAGCAGGUCACUGUAUGGAGCGCAUGGCGCUAGAGGGGCAGAGAUCCAGGCCUGCAGUAGACACACACUGCAAACACACACACAUCACACAAUCCUCUUUCCUCUGCUAGAGUCAGUUUGA